AUGAAGAUGACUGUGCUCGCCGUGCUCGCGGCCGCCGCCGUCGUCGCGGCGGCCGCGAUCCUGUCCUCGCUGGACGCCCGGAGCGACGUCGCGGUGCUGGAGAUAGGCGGGGACGGCCGCGUGGAGCUGGUCCCCGUGGACGCCGGCGCCGCGGGGCCCGAGAGCCUGGCGUUCGACGGCGGCGGCGGCGGCCCGUACGCGGGCGUGUCGGACGGGCGCGUCCUCCGGUGGGUCCCCGGCGAGCGGCGGUGGGAAGAGCACUCGUCGUCCUGCCCGCCCGAACUGUACGUACGUCUUGCCAGUAGUCCUCCUCUGACCUCUGGUGUCUGA